AUGGCCCCUCUAAAGAAAUCGAAGAAGGGGAAGCGGACAGGGAAGGAUCCCGUCAAAUGCGGGAAGAAGGGGACCUCAUCUACUUCGGAGCCCAGCAGGCCGGCGGAACCCCGACCGGGAGAUGUGGACUGGUGGAACAGCUUCUGGCAGAAGAACUCCGGCUCCGGUUUGCCAUGAUCCCCGAAUUUUUAUGUAGUUCGUUCUUUUAUCAUGAGAUAUCCACUGGACCCGCCGAUUCAUUCCCCGUUCCUCGAUAUAUUUCCUUUGAUUCCGUCCCCUUCAUGUUUGGACCCUUCCUCGGAUGUCCAAUUCUUGCUCCAGUUCUUCGAGCCAGAAUAGCUACGUUUCCAUGACUUGGUAUGAAUAUAUGCAAGAGCACGUAAUGAUCGGGCCUAAGAGCGUCUAACUGCUAUAUAGCUUCCUUGGACGACGAGGAACUGGCUCCCUUCAUUCUUUGAUGAAUAAUCAUGGAAGAACCUCGGUUUUGUCUUUCGAAAUCUCAGAGCUACUGCGCUCGUCCCAGUUUGGGUUGUGGAUUAGUUUCCUUUUAUGAGACAUAUUUGCGCUUAUCUCUGGAAAAAAAAUUUCUUUGUCUGAUGUAAGUGUUCUCUUUCUCUUCGCAAUUUGGCUGAGAAUGGUUCUUAAGAGAUCAAAUGCCUCAUAAUUGAAGGCAGAUGAAGAGUGUCCAGCUGAUGAACAGAUGGGAGAUGCGUAGAAAAUGCAUGGAAACCUAGUAGUCGCGGUCAAAAUGAUCCACACAUUGUCCAAGAGUAGACGUAAUAAUUCGGCAGGUUUCUGAAUUUUACAGAAUCCAUUCAUGCAACACUAUUCCUUUUGCAGUUCUAAUUAUUUUUCAGCUUGCUGUUCUUCAAUUAUUAUGCCGAUUCAUCUCUCCCAGAUUAUAAUGUUGAACAAUGCUCGCUGGCUAUUCCAUGUGCUUGAUUCCUUCUUUGAUCCUCAUAACCCAAAAACCUGCAGCAGAUGUUUCUGAGGUGUUUCCAUUUUUCUCCCCUUUUUCCCCUAAAUAUAGUGAGGUUUUCACAGUGAUUUGCGCUCGUUGCGGGAUUGCCUCAGACUAACAAAUAAGUUAGGAUCAUCUCACAGACUUUUGGCUGUUGACUUUCUUGUGGAGAACUUCCUCAUAGGGUGACUGCCAUUUUGUUCUUUGUUCUUGAAACUCUAUAAAUGAUGCUUUUUUUUUUCCACACACCCUUUAUCUUGAUCUGAUUUCCUGGCUCACUUCUUCGGUCGUUUAUUCUCUUGCGCAUUGGAACCUGGCAGGGCCCCCAAUCCCCACUGAGGAGGACGAAGGAUUCAAGUACUUCUUCAGAGUCUCAAAGAAGACCUUUGAGUACAUCUGCUCCUUGGUGCGGCAGGAUCUGAUCUCACGGCCCCCCUCAGGGCUCAUCAACAUCGAGGGCCGCCUCCUCAGCGUGGAGAAGCAGGUGGCCAUCGCCCUCCGCCGGCUGGCCUCUGGCGAGUCCCAGGUGUCUGUCGGCGCCGCCUUCAAUGUCGGGCAGUCAACGGUCUCCCAGGUGACCUGGCGGUUCAUUGAGUCAAUGGAGGAGAGAGCCCGACACCACCUAUGCUGGCCUGACCCGGCAGAGCUUACCGAAGUCAAGUCAAAGCUAGAGGCCCAAUCCGGUCUCCCCCAAUGCUGUGGAGCUGUUGGCACCACUCGGGUCGCCAUGACUCUCCCUGCUGUGGAGUCCUCCGACGACUGGCGUGACUGGGAGAGCAACUACAGCAUGUUUUUGCAGGGAAUUGUCGACCACGAGACGAGAUUCCUCGAUGUUGCCAUUGGCUGGCCCGGCAGCAUGACCCCCGCUCGUCUCCUCCGGUGGUCGGGCUUCUUCAAGCUCUGCGAGAGUGGGCGGCGGCUAAACAGCCGGCAGAUUAUCACCUCUGAAGAGGCGGAGCUGAGGGAGUACAUUGUAGGGGAUCUUUCGUACCCUCUACUGCCAUGGCUGAUGACUCCAUACGAAGAAGGAGGUGCGGCGGCGGCGGCAGUGGCCUUCAAUGUGCGGCAUCGGACUGUGAGGCAGCUGGCUCCGAUGGCCUUUGCACGGCUGAAGGGGGCAUGGAGGAUCCUCCACAAGGUGAUGUGGCGGCCGGAUAAGCACAAGCUGCCCAGCAUAAUUCUGGUCUGCUGUCUGCUCCACAAUAUCAUGGUCGAUGGCGGAGACAAGCUGCAAGAGGGUGUUCCCUUGGAGGACCAUUAUGGUGGCUACGAAGAGCAGAGCGGGCGGCAAGAGGAUGUGCGCGGGUGGGCUGCGAGAGAGGCUCUGUCGUGUUAUCUGAGCUCCCAGGAGGAGGCUUGA